UAAAAAAUGUAUAACAGUUAAACAAUACAUAUAACAAACUACUUUUCUGGCACAUACAGACAACCUGCUUAUUUACAACACCUCGAAGUGUCAAAUAUUGCUGGCAUACAAACCUAUAAGAACAUAUAAGAUAUUCAUAAGUGGUUACAUCAUAAAUCUGACAAAUCUUUUUCACAAGAGGAUUUUUAAUACCUGAAUGUGAUUUAUUUCCAAAGUUCUCAUAGCGUUUUAUUAAUUGAACACGACAUGGCAUCGACUCAGAAACGAAUCCGCGAUUUCCACAUGGCUGCCAUUGUAACGGUGCUAUUCUGCGGAUACGUUUCCUCGUGCGGCCCGGGACCUCGUCUGGUGAGCCCCAGGAAGUACAAAAAGACCAGCCCUUUUGUGUUAAAGCAGCACGUGCCAAACGUGUCGGAGUACACGCUAGGGGCCAGCGGGCAGCCGGACGGACCCAUCAAAAGAGGGGAUCCCCGUUUCAAGGAUCUCGUUGAGAAUCACGACAGCAACGUGAUUUUCCGAGACGAGGAGCGAGAUGGAUCGGAUCGCAUUAUGUCCAAGCGCUGCAAAGAUAAACUCGAGGUUCUGGCGAUCAAGGUGAUGAACCAAUGGCCGGGUAACCCACCGGAAGUGCCGGCGGUGAAGGUACGGGUAAAGGAAGCCUGGGACGACAACCUACUACACGGGGAGACCUCGCUGCACUAUGAGGGACGGGCUGUGGACAUCGCCACUAGUGAUCGCGACAGGUCUAAGCUGGGAACUCUCGCGAGAUUGGCGGUGGAGGCGGGAUUUGAUUGGGUGGAAUACGAGUCUCAUGGUCACGUGCACUGCUCAGUGCAGUCAGAUUCUGCAGCGGCAGUUCAGAGUGGUGGGUGCUUUAAUGCCGACGGAAUGAUACAGCUUAAGAAUGGCGACCGUAAACGGAUGUCAGAACUUCAAAUUGGAGACAACGUGAUGAGCAUGCGCAGUGAUGGCGCGUUUGAAUACAGUGAAGUGAUUGCGUUCAUGGAUCGUAGUGACUGAUGCGUUCGCUCUGUUUUACACAAUUUACACAGAAUCUGGCAAACGCAUCACUUUAACAGCGAAACAUUUAGUAUACAUCACGCUGAAAAAUUAUUCCGUUGGUGUAGAAAACUUUGACGUUUUAUUCGCAGAAA